AAUUUCCCAUGCUGUGUGAUAAAUCACCUAGCACAAGGCUAUAUUAUAACGUCCACAGAUUCCGCGGAGAUUAUCCCUACUGCCUUUACUACGUUCGCGCUGGAAGCCGACCCGGAGACAAUGUGAGUCUCGUAGAUCGCGAUGGCCCCAGUGAUUUCAGCCUAUAAAAGCCCUUGUGUCCUUCUAUUUAUCCGCCUCAUUCACAUCAACAAGCUCCAUGAUGAUGUUCACCUCCCGCUUCAUCAUCUUUGCGCUGCUCAGCUUCCUUGCUGGCGUCAAUGCGACGCAGUGUGCAAAGUUCCCAGCCACACUGGAAUACAACAGUAGUGCCUUGAAGCUAGCCAGCAGCACUGUAUACCCCGAAGGGCCAACAGUUUGCGUGUACGAUGUUAGCACCAUAAACGAUGACUACGAUCUGCUGUGCCAGUAUUUGGUACGUCCUUUCUGGAUGCUGUGUAACUCCUCGUUCUCGUUCUCGUUUGACACUUUAGCAAUCAUCAGGCUACCGGCGGAUUGUAGGCUGGGUAUAAGACGUGUCCGAAAUCGUCAAGGAAGGAUGCGUGCGUGUGAAGGGGCGGGCCCGGUGAUGAGACACCCAACAGGAGAAGUGAUGCUCUGCAAACAGCAGGAGGACAAAUUUGAGGAGGCCGCUGCCAGGAAAUUGAUUAAGUACUUACCAGUUGUUCAUGAGGCUGCAUCAAUUUCUUGCCAGCAAACUCUUUCGAGACUCUGAGUCGGACUCUAGCAUACAGAUAGAGACAAGAUACGUCUCUGUACGGCGACACGAAAUUUGCGCAUUUUCUAAUACCCUCC